AUGGCCGGUCACGGCGCGAAACCCGCGUUUUCAUCUGUGUGCGAGCGCUUGCCCAACUGCCUGCACUAUGUUCAGCGGAACGAUUCUCACACGGGAAACCAGCGUUUGAACGACGAGACACCCCCCGGCGCCGAUGGCGGCGCCGGAGACGGCAUCGAGCCGAUUUCCAUCCUCGAGGAGAUGCAGCGGUCCUAUCUCGAUUACGCGAUGAGCGUGAUCGUCAGCCGGGCGCUGCCGGACGUGCGCGACGGGCUGAAACCGGUGCACCGGCGCAUUCUCUAUGCGAUGCAUGAGAGCGGUUAUCACUGGAACCGCAAAUAUGUGAAAUCCUCGCGCAUCGUCGGCGACGUGAUGGGUAAAUAUCACCCCCAUGGCGACUCCGCGAUCUACGACGCGAUGGUGCGCAUGGCGCAGGACUGGUCGCUGCGUGUGCCGCUGGUCGACGGGCAGGGCAAUUUCGGCUCGAUCGACGGCGAUCCGCCGGCGGCGAUGCGCUACACCGAGUCGCGGCUGCAGAAGGUCGCCCACGACCUGCUCGAGGACAUCGACAAGGACACUGUCGAUUUCCAGGAGAAUUAUGACGGCUCGGACUCCGAGCCCGUCGUCCUGCCGGCCCGCUUCCCCAACCUUUUGGUCAACGGCUCGGGCGGCAUCGCGGUCGGCAUGGCGACCAACAUUCCGCCGCACAAUCUGGGCGAGGUGAUCGACGGCUGCAUCGCGCUGAUCGACAAUCCGGCGAUCUCGCUGAUCGAGAUGAUGGCGCACAUUCCCGGCCCCGAUUUCCCGACCGGGGCGAUCGUGCUUGGCCGUUCGGGCAUCAGGAGCGCCUAUGAGACCGGGCGCGGCUCGAUCGUCAUGCGCGGCAAGACGCAUAUCGAACAGCGGUCGGGCGACCGCGAGUCGAUCAUCGUCACCGAAAUUCCCUAUCAGGUGAACAAGGCCUCGAUGAUCGAGAAGAUGGCCGAUCUGGUGCGCGACAAGCGCGUCGAGGGCAUCUCCGACAUUCGCGACGAGAGCGACCGGCAGGGCUAUCGCGUGGUGAUCGAGCUCAAGCGCGACGUCAACGCGGACGUGAUCCUCAACCAGCUCUACCGCUUCACGCCGCUGCAGACCUCGUUCGGCGCCAACAUGGUUGCGCUCAAUGGCGGCAAGCCCGAGCAGAUGAACCUGCUCGACAUGCUGCGCGCCUUUGCCGCCUUCCGCGAGGUCGUCGUCAGCCGCCGCACCAAAUAUCUGCUGCGCCGCGCCCGCGAGCGCGCCCAUGUGCUGGUCGGCCUUGCCAUCGCGGUCGCCAACAUCGACGAGGUGAUCGCGCUGAUCCGUGCCGCGCCGGACCCCGCGACCGCGCGCGAACAAUUGAUGACGCGGCGCUGGCCGGCCAAGGAUGUCGCGCCCCUGGUGGCGCUGAUCGACGAUCCGCGCCACAUGCUCAACGAGGACGGCACCUACCAUCUGUCCGAGGAGCAGGCGCGCGCCAUUCUCGAUCUGCGCCUGCAGCGCCUGACCGCGCUCGGCCGCGACGAGAUCGCCGACGAACUGAACACGAUCGGCGAGCAGAUCCGCGACUAUCUCGACAUCUUGUCGUCGCGCCAGCGCAUCCAGCAGAUCGUCAAGGACGAGCUUUCCGCCGUGAAAGACGAGUUCGGCACGCCGCGCCGCACCGAACUGGCCGAGGGCGGCCCGGACAUGGACGAUGAGGACCUGAUCGCGCGCGAGGACAUGGUCGUCACGUUCUCGCACCAGGGCUACAUCAAGCGCGUGCCGCUCGACACCUAUCGGGCGCAGCGCCGCGGCGGCAAGGGCCGGGCGGGCAUGUCGACCAAGGACGAGGAUUUCGUCACCCGGCUGUUCGUCGCCAACACGCACACGCCGAUCCUGUUCUUUUCCUCGCGCGGCAUCGUCUACAAGGAAAAGGUCUGGCGCCUGCCUGUCGGCACGCCGCAGUCGCGCGGCAAGUUCCUGCGCAACAUGCUGCCGCUUGAGGCCGACGAGCGGAUCACCACGAUCAUGCCGCUGCCCGAGGACGAGGAAAGCUGGGCCGAUCUCAAUGUGAUGUUCGCGACGACGUCCGGUUCGGUGCGCCGCAACAAGCUGAGCGACUUCGUACAGGUCAACCGCAACGGCAAGAUCGCCAUGAAGUUCGAGGACGGAUCGGACGAUGCGAUCCUCAGCGUUGCGACCUGCUCGGAGGAUGAUGACGUUCUGCUGACGACGGCCAGGGGCCAGUGCAUCCGCUUUCCCGUCACCGACAUCCGCGUGUUUGCCGGCCGCUCGUCGACCGGCGUGCGCGGCAUUGCGCUGGGCGCCGGCGACCAUGUGAUCUCGAUGACAAUCCUCGGCCACACCGAGGCGACGCCGGGCGAACGCACCGCCUAUCUCAAGCGCGCCAGCGCGCUGCGCCGGGCCGAUGACGGCGCCGAGGACGAGGCCGCACCCGCCAUCGCCGACGAGGAGGAGGGCGCGACCGACGUGGCGCUCGACGAUGAUCGCUUCAACGCUCUGGCGGCGCGCGAGCAGUUCGUGCUCACCGUCAGCGAGUUCGGUUAUGGCAAGCGCGCCUCGUCCUAUGAUUUCCGCGUCUCGGGGCGCGGCGGCAAGGGCAUCAAGGCGACCGACACCUCCAAGGCCGGUGACAUCGGCGAUCUCGUCGCCGCGUUCCCGGUCGACGAUGGCGACCAGAUCAUGCUGGUGACGAAUGCGGGACAGGUGAUCCGCGUGCCGGUCGGGGGCAUCCGCUUUGCCAGCCGCGCCACCAAGGGUGUGACGAUCUUUUCGACGCGCGAGGGCGAAAAGGUCGUCUCGGUCGAACGCAUUCCGGAAACCGAGAAUGGCGAUGGCGAAGAUGAUGAAGCCGCGCUAGAAACGGGUGCCGAAGACACGGUUGAAGGCACGCCGGCCGGCCUUCUGGUCAUGAUCGGCGUUCUGGCGCUGGGGCUCGAAACGGUCGUCUCGGUGAUGGGCGAGAUGUUCGUCUGGCUCAAGCUGGCCGGCGCGGCCUAUCUGAUCUGGCUCGGCAUCAAGCUGUGGCGGUCGGACGGUUCGCUUGGCGAUCCUGACGCGAAGGAUGUGGCGGAGCGGUCGCUGCGCGGCUAUUUCUGGCAGGGCUUCUUCGUCAUCUGGUCGAACCCCAAGGCGCUGUUCUUCUUCGGCGCCUUUAUCCCGCAAUUCAUCGUGCCCGAGGGCAAUGCCGCGUUGCAGACGCUGCUGCUGGGCCUGAUCUUCAUGGCUGUGGCAACGGUGCUCGACGGCGCCUAUGCGCUCGCCGCCGGCAAGACGGGGGGACUUCUGAGCCGCCGCAACGUGCGCAUCCUCGAGAAGGUCUCGGGCACGUUCCUGAUCGGCGGCGGCAUCUGGCUGGCCCUGUCCAAGCGGACGGCCUGA